GUAGUGAAUGGCGGGUAUUUCCAUAAGUCCGGGUGUUUAAAAAUUAAUAAUGAGAUUAUUUGAAACGCGUUUUGUAUUCCGCGUAGCGUUAGAUGUGUUUUGUUUCGUCAGUAGCUAUCGAUUAUUUAACGGUUCAUGUGAAUUUAGUGAAUCUGUGAUGCAGCUAGCCGGCUAACUAACGGACUUAGUGACAGUCGCGGUGCCGGGUCUCCAUGCUGCCUUUGCGCUGAAACUUUAUGCUACUGACCAAAACCUCUUUAUUAUAUUUAAUAUACCACCAGUGGCUAACGCGGUAAAAGAGAAACAGCAUACUGAUUGUAACGUUUUUUCCGAGUAAACUGAACGGUGUUUCUAAUUAGCCAGAUCAGUGAAAAUACCGUCUGAAAUCAAGGAUUAGACCCCGUUACUCUGAACUUUAAUACGCUAAUUUCUCGAUCCAUGCGUCUCGCUGGACAUCCGGCUGGUUUUAGAUCGCACGCUGCAUUGUAAAAGGAAAUGGCUCUGUUACCUUUGGUUUUGUUUUUAUCAGUAACGGUACCCUCCCCGAGUCACUCCUCCAGCGCCUCAAAACUCAAUAUCCCCAAAGUUUUACUGCCUCUGGCCAGAAGCACCAGAAUUAACUUCACACUGGAGGUGACCGACGGCUGCUACAGAUGGUCCUCCACCAGGCCAGAAGUGGCCAGUAUCGAGGCGGUGGAUGUGGACGAUAGGCACUGCUCCCAGAAGGCCGUGCUGCAAGCUCGGUCCACCCAGCCCACCAGACUCACCAGCAUCAUCCUGGCAGAGGACAUCUUGACGGGGCAGGUGCUCAGGUGUGACGCCAUUGUUGACAUCAUCAGUGAAAUCCAGAUCGUCUCCACCACACGAGAGCUGCACCUGGAGGACUCUCCGCUGGAGCUGAAGAUUCACGCGCUCGACUCCGAGGGAAACACCUUCAGCACCCUCGCCGGGCUCGUCUUCGACUGGACCAUUGUGAAAGACACGGAGACGGCCAGGUUCUCUGACUCCCACAAUGCACUGCGCAUCCUCAAAUUCUCUGAGUCAACGUACACGCCUCCGGGCUACAUUUCGGAGAUGGAGAGAGUUGGGAAGCAGGGAGACAUCAUCCUGGUGUCUGGCAUCAAAACCGGAAACGCCAAACUCAAAGCCAAAAUCCAGGAAGUGCUCUACAAGGACGUGUCUGCCGCUGAGGUCAGGCUGCUGAUUCUGGAGAACAUUCUGCUGAACCCCGCCUCCGACGUCUACCUGCUAGUGGGAACCUCCAUCCGCUACAGCGUCCUCAAGAUCCGGCAGGGCAAAAUCACAGAGCUGUCCAUGCCCAGUGACCAGUACCAGCUGCAGCUGCAGAACAGUGUGAUUGGGCCUGACGGCGACCCGGCUCUGGGGGUGGCCAGACUGGACCCAGCCACCUCCACAGUCCUGGCCCUCCAGUACGGACACACCAACGUUGUUCUGGACCACACCAGUCUUCGCCUGCAGGGGGCGUCACGGCUGCCCAACAGCACCCUGUAUGUGGUGGAGCCAGGAUACCUGGGGUUUAAAAUUCAGCCGGGAGAUCGCUGGACCCUGGAGACCAGCCGAGUCUACGAGAUAACCAUCGAAGUGUUCGAUAAGUCCAGCAACAGGGUUUAUCUGUCUGAUAACAUACGGAUCGAUGCUGCGUUCCAGAAGGAGUACUUUGAGGUUCUGGAAUCCUCAAUGAAUGGAUCAUACCACCGUGUCAAAGCCCUGAAGAAAGGACAGACGGUGAUCGAUGGUGUUCUCACGUCCGUGGUGGAUCAGGACGGAGGAGUACACACGAUCCCUGUCCCGGUGCGAAGCCAACAGGAAGUCGAGAUCUACAACCCCAUUGUCCUCAGCCCUCAGAUUCUCACGUUUCCAUGGCAACCCAAAGUAGGAGCGUACCAGUACACCAUAAAGGCCACAGGGGGCAGCGGAAACUUCACCUGGUAUUCGUCCAACCAAGCCGUGGCCACGGUGACCGUCAAAGGCGUGAUGACCACUGUGAGCGACAUCGGAGUGAGUGUGAUCCAGGCCCAGGACGUCCAGAACCCGCUGCACUACGGAGAGAUGAGGGUGUAUGUGGUGGAGCCCGUGGGCAUGGAGUUCACGCCCUGCCAGGUGGAGGUGCGGGAGGGCCUGGUGCUGGAGCUGCCGCUACGGAUCUUCGGGGUGCUGAGUGCCGAGGGCGGAGAUCGGGUGAUGCUCAGCGACUGCUCACACUUCCAGCUGCAGGUGGAGAUGGAGACGCAGGGCGUGUUCCAGCUGCUGGAGGGGAGACUGGCACCUGGUCAGGAGCACUGCAGUGGAGUUCGGGUGCGGGGUCUUUCCCCCGGUCACACCGCCCUCCUGGUUAGUUAUACCCAUGGCAACGUCCAUCUCAGUGCCAAGAUUACGAUCGCUGCCUACGAACCUCUCAGGGCUGUGGACCCUGUGUCUGUUGCCAUGGUAACCUUGGGCUCCUCCAAAGACAUGCUGUUUGAAGGGGGUCCCAAGCCCUGGGUUCUGGAACCUUCCAAGUUCUUCCGGAACCUGACGGCAGAGGACUCGCGCAGCGUUCACCUGGAGCUGUGCGGCCCCGCCUCCCGGAACUAUGGGCAGCACUGGGUCCGAGCCACCUGCCGGGCGCUGGGCGAGCAGGUGCUGGUGGUGACGGUGGGGAACCAGCCCAGUGUCACUAACCCUUUCCCAGCUGCGGAGCCGGCGGUGGUGAAGCUCAUCUGUGCCCCACCCUCACGCCUCACGCUGGUGCCCGUCUACGGCAGCCCCCAGCUCGACCUGUCCUGCCCCCUGCUGCAGCAGAACAAGCAGAUGGUUCCCGUCUCUAACUACCGCAACCCGGUGCUGGACCUGGCCGCAUACGAUCAGCAGGGCCGGCGCUUCGACAACUUCAGCUCUCUGAGCAUCGCGUGGGAGUCCAGCAGGGCGGCGCUGGCCAGCAUCCAGCCCAGUCUGCCCAUGCAGCUGUCUCUCAGCGCGGACCGCAGCGGCCAGAAGAAGCUGCACGGUCUGCAGACGGUGGUCGUUCACCGUGAGUCGGGCGUGGCGGCCAUCACCGUGACAGCCGCGGGGUACCAGACCGCCCACCUGGAGGCGGCUCAGGUGCUGAGCCUGCACGAGCCCCUGAGCCCGGUGUCGGCCACGCUGGAGCUGCUGCUGGUGGAGGACGUACGGGUCAGCCCUGAGGCCGUCACCAUAUACAAUCACCCCGACGUGCGGGCGGACCUGGCUUUGAAAGAGGGCUCUGGGUAUUUCUUUUUGAAUGCCAGCGCUGGAGGAAUCGCAGACUUGGUUUACCAGGAGAGCCAGGCAAGCGCAGAGGUGCACCCCCUGCAGCCAGGUGUGGUGCAGGUGAUGGUGCAUGACCUGUGCCUGGCCUUCCCCUCACCUGCCAGGGCUGUGGUCCGCGUCUCGGACAUCUUUGAGGUUUACGUCAGAGUGGUGGACAAGGUGGAGAUUGGGAAGGCAGUGCGGGCGCAUGUUCGAGUUCUGGAUGAUAAUAAGCAGCCCUUUCUGGCCAAGUACUUCCCCCUGAUGAACCUGAAACUGAGGGCUGCUUCCCCCAUCCUCUCCCUCUCGCACCUCCCCGAGGCCUCGGAGAAGGACACCGCCACCUUCCUGGUGCGCGGUCUCACCGUGGGCCAGACCACCAUCUCCGCCGUCGUGCUGGACAAAAGCGGGAAGAGGAUCCUGUCCGCGCCGCAGCAGAUCGAGGUGUUUCCCCCCUUCAGGCUGCUGCCCAGGAGGGUGACAGUGAUUAUCGGGGCCAUGAUGCAGAUCACGUCGGAGGGGGGUCCCCCUCAGUCCAACAUCCUCUUCUCCAUCGCCAACGGCAACAUUGCCACGGUGAACAGCAUGGGUCAUGUGAGGGGCGUCACCGUGGGCAACGUGACGGUGACGGGAUUGGUCCAGGCUGUGGAUGCUGAGACAGGGAAGCUGGUGGUGGUGUCCCAGGAUCAGGUGGAAGUUGAAGUGGUGCAGCUGAAGGCGAUCAGAAUCCGAGCCCCCAUCACGAGGAUGAAGGCUGGAACCCAGAUGCCGGUGUAUGUGAUGGGAUUGACCAGCAGCCAGACACCCUUCUCCUUCGGCAGCGCCCUGCCUGGGCUGACCUUCCAUUGGUCAGUCUCCAAGAGGGACGUCCUGCAGCUGAACACACGCCACUCUGAGGCGUUCCUGCAGCUGCCUGCAGAGCACAACUUUGCCAUGAGCGUGCACGGGAGGACCAAGGGCCGCACGGGCCUGAAGGUGACGGUCAGAGCCAAAGACCCGCUGGCCGGACACCUGGAGGGAAACCGAGCAGAACUCUCCGAUGAGAUCCAAAUCCAGGUGUAUGAGAGGCUGCAUUUGCUGAAUCCGGAUGUUGAGGCAGGGGAGAUCCUGAUGUCCCCGAACUCUCUGCUGAAGCUUCAGACUAACAGGGACAGUGUGGGCGUGCUCUCCUACCGUGUGCUGGACUGUCCCGACAAGGCGGGGCUGGUGCAGGUGGACGAGGCAGGCUACCUGUCAUCCGGCUCCCUCACAGGCACCACCUCUCUGCUGGUCACCUCCCAGGAGCCCUUCGGCGUCAAUCAAACCCUGAUCCUGGCUGUAAAGGUGGUUCCGGUGUCAUAUGUGCGGUUCAGUACGGGUCCGGUUCUGUACACCUCAAACAAAGACAAGCUGUCCGCUGUUCCGCUGGGAGCAGUUCUCACGUUCACCGUGCACUUCCACGCCAGCACCGGCGACGUCCUGCACGGACACAACUCCGCCCUCAACUUCGCCACCAACAGGGACGACCUGGUUCUGUUGGGCCGAGGCCCGGAGAACAGCACCCUGACAGUGCGCACGGUGAACGUGGGGCUGACGCUGCUCGGGGUGUGGGACUCCGAGCAGACGGGCGUGGCCGACUUUCUGGCACUGCCGGUGGAGCACGCCAUCCGCCCGGAGGAAGCCCACAGCCUGGUCGUCGGCGACGUCGUUUGCUUCACCUCGCAGCUCGUCAAUCAGGAAGGUCUCACCGGCACCUGGAGCUCCUCUGCAGGCGGGGUCCUGGAGGUGGACCCGAAGACAGGGGUGGGUGUGGCCCGGGACGUGGGCUCCGUCACGGUGUUCUACGAAAUUCCCGGGCAGCUCCGGACCUACAGAGAGGUGGUUGUGGGCGUGGCCACCAGGGCGGCAGUCAUGGUGCAUUCGGGCGGAGUGAAGGAGGGCUCGGAGUCCCGCGUCCUGAUCACCACACGCGAGAGGGGCACCAAUCUGAUCGGCUCCUGUUCGGCUGCGCAGACAGACUCCAUCGCGCAGCUGCACCCAGAGACCAGCAUCAGCUGCCAGCUGCAGUUCAGCAGUGACAUCAUCGAGUUCCACGCCCACGAUGUCCUCAGCACACAGACCGGGUUCGACGCCAGCGCAGGGUUCUACUCCUGCUCCGUGUCGCUGCGGCCGCUGACGGAGCAGCAGCGCCGGGUCCUGGCGCUGUCUGUCACGCAGCUGGUGGUGAGGGCGGCCGUGGAGGGGAGCGGAUUCUCCGGGGAACAGGUGGCCGCCCAGCUGCCCUUCAGCCCGGGCCUGUACUCCGACCAGAAGGACAUCCUGCUCAGCAGCCUGCACCCGUCAGCCGAGCUCACGGUGUACGGCACGAGCGCCCUUCUCAGCGGCCUGGAGGUGACGUCGAGCUCCACGGCCGUGGUGGUCCAGGAGAAGGAGGUGUCUCAGGGCCAGCCCAGCUUUGCCAGGUUCAGAGUCAGCCUGGCCGACCCCAGACUCCCUGUUCAGGGCACUACAUCAGCUGUCAUCUCCAUAACGAGCCCGUCCACUGACCAGCCCCUCCUGCUGCCCGUCACCAUCAUCCCUGUGGCUGACCAGGGCACAGCCGUGCAAGCAGGCCCCGCCUCAGGGUGGGAGGAGCCUACUAUUCUACAGCAGCUCAUAGACUCCUACCAGGUCAUGUUCUUCACUCUGUUCGCCCUGCUCGCCGGCACCGCCAUCAUCGUCAUCGCCUGCCAUGCCUUCUUUUCUCCAAGGGACCUGGCCUGUCACCCAGCGUUCAUCCAGAAAACUCCACCCCCCUCAGGUCUCUCCUCCCCAGCGAGUCCUUACAGUAACAACCUGCCUGCAGACCUGAGAGGCAGCCCAAAACUCCGACUCUUCUCCCCUGACUACAACUCCCGCUAGGCCCACCUCCUGCAAACUCCCGCCAGAAUCUUCCCCUGACAACGAAUUUCAUUAGACUCUCCCCUGACUACAUCUCCCACAUCUCCCUCAACUUAAACUCCCACUUCACUCCACAUAAACUUCAGCUACAUCUCCUGAAAGACUCCACCCAGACCCUUGACUCCCACUACACUUCCCCCUGACUACAACUCCCAGUACAGUCUCUCCCCAGGACUGUGACUGCUGGACUGUCCCAGACUGCAGAUGUGCUAGCCUCACGCAGCUGCCCAGAACUAGCAAAUGCUUAACCGCCCAAAGCCCAAAAGUGUUUGAGGAAGUGCCUUUCUGACAUUUACGCAGCAGAUGUUGCAGAUGGUAGUUUAUUUAUUUCAGUGGUUUAUAAUUGGUGUUUUUUUUUUUUUUGUUUUGUUGUGGAACAGGGGUUGCGAGUGAUAGCUGACAUGGUACAUAUUUGUUUUUAUUUGAUUCUGUUAAGUGUGUGUGUGUAUUUUAAUAUUUGGUUUAUUUCAACUUUAAUAUUUGGAAAGAGUUAUUGCUGCAAUUGACCAUAUAUACAUAUUUCAUAUAUGGGUAUUUUGCUUUGCACAUUUUAAAGCUUUGCUGGCAGAUUUUGCAACCUGUGGAAUUGUGGGACUGAAAGUGACUUGUUUGAAACUCAGGAUCUUAAUGCACUGAACUCCAGUUUGGCACCGUCGUGUGGAAACCUGCAAAUGUCAAUCGAGUAUAUAUCAGGAUAAUUUUUGAUUUAAUUAACAAUUAAUGUGAAUAAUAUUACUGAACCCGUCCUUGUAAGGUGUGCAGUUGGCUUAAAAGCUGAGGUUGACUAUUGUUAUUUAUAUUUUGUUAAAAAUCUAGAAGAAAAUAUGUGUUCUUUUCUGAGCCGCCAAUGUGUAGCCUACUUCGAACUCCGUCAAAAUUCUGAAGGCCUUAAUACCUCAUUAUUACUCCUGUGUGCCAAUGUGUGCAGAAAUGUGAAGGACAACAUUCCCUCAUUUCAGCCUCCUGUCCAUCGGCCGGCAGAUGUGAAUUAGCGUUAGCCAGAUGUGAGUUAGCAUUAGCGCGCUAUUGUG